AUGUCUUCAAGUACCUUAGGGGAUUGGAGCUCUAACUGUAGCGUAACAAGUAAUGAGGAACAAAAGAGAGACGAAAGUCUCAAAAAAUGGACCAUCCCAAAAGUCCUGACCAAAGAUGCCUACAAACAAGACCUUGUCAGCUUCGCUGAAACCAUCAACACCGUCGAGCAAACUGUAGAUUACAGUCCAAAUAUGCAGGAAAUCUACCUGCUCAACCCUAAAAAUCUCGAACAACUUAAGAAAAAAUAUAAUUACAUCCAUAUAGGACUCAUCCAAGUAGCAAUCAAACCCCUUCAUAGGGAAGGACUUAACACAUCAAUCCUCUUAGCCUUAAGAGACACAAGAUUCCUCAAGUUUGACGACUCCCUCAUCGGAGCCAUAGAGACCAGCAUGUGUUAUGGACCAGUCCAUUUCAAUUGCUACCCAGAUAUAAGUUUGCCUUUAAAAGAUGAGAACAUCUUGGAUGCUCUCAAGAUCAACCUCAAAUCCCAUGGCUACAAUAUGAAGCCUGAAUCUAUACCAAUAGCUGUUGUCCAUAGGAUCCAGUACAAAGCCAUGAAGAAAAUCUCCUGUCCAAGAGCCUUAAGAAAAUUUAAGAAGGGCUAG